AUGGCCGACAAACUCCGCACCCAACAACAACUCGAGCAACUCCAAAACAAAUACAUCGGCACGGGACACGCCGACACCACCAAGCACGAGUGGACGUCCAACAUCCAGCGCGACUCGUACGCUUCGUACCAGGGCCACCCGCCGCUGCUGCAUUACAUGAGCAUUGGGAUGGGGUUGCCGACGGAGAGGGUAAGGAUGCAUUGUAUGGAGAGGAUGGUGUUGCCUGUGGGGGUUGCGCCGGCGGUGGAGGAUUGA